AUGCCAUCCUUGUCCCUCAAUCCCUCUCAGCAGCCAUCUCUUUCCAUUCAGCCAAGUUUAUCAGCCAAUCCAAGCGCAUCUAUGGUGCCGUCUACAGGGCCCUCUAUCACCCCAGGUCAGGGAUUUCUUGCAUUGUUCAGUUUUCCCCUUGAGGAAGAACAUGAAUUCCAAACUGGACCAGAUUUUCUCACGGCCAUUGUGGAGGAAGCUGAAGAGAAGGAAGAAUAUGAGCUCUCCUCGGAAGAAUCUGAUUUUUCGGCAGAUGGCGAACCAGAAGGUGACGUUGGCAUUCCUGCCGAAGAACAAGUAAACCACAACAUAUUCAUGCAUCCAGAAGCCCUUGACUUCUCUCGAGAUCAAGAAACAGAGGGACAAGAAGAGGAGGAAGAGCAUGAUUUUGGUGAUACCAGUAGCCAAGAAGAAGAGCAUGAAUUUGCUGAUAGCGAGGAAUCAGAAGGUGACGUUGGCAUGCACGCAGAAGAACAAGUAAACCACACUAGUUUCAUGGAUCCAGAAGUACAUGACUUCUCUCAAGAGCAACAAGAAACAGAAGAACCGGAAGAAGAGGAGCAUGAUUUUGGUGAUGUCGAAGAAGAAGAAGACCACGAAUUAUUUGGUGAUGGCGACACUGAACGUGGCGUUGGUGUGCCUGCAGAAGAAGAACAAGUUGAACACCACAACAUUUUCAUGCAUCCCCCAGGGAGUGCCUCUUCUCAAGAUCAAGAUCAAGAUCAAGAAGAAAGUGAUGAAGAAGAGCCUAGAUUUGGUCCUGACGAGUUUGAUUUUGGAACCGGUCCCGAUUUCCGCGAACACAAAGUUAUCCCAAUCGUUGUGCGGAAUCGAUAUGAUGAUGAAGAAGAGCACGAAGAACAAGAAGAGUUCAACUUUGAAGAGGAUGAUGAGGACCACGAAGAAGAGUUUGACUUUGGAACUGGCCCUGAUUAG